GCGGAGGGACCAAUGGCGGGCCGGCGCCCCGCGUCGCGUGAGCAGGGGGCGGGCACGGACGGAGGAAGGGGAGCAUGGCAAACUUGACAAGUGACAAAAGAUGGCAUCCUACUUAGCAAAAGAAGUUCAGCUUGCUAGAAGGCAUGAAGAGAUACUGUCUCAGAGAUCAGUAUUGCUACAGCAGAUGGAGAAUCAUCUAGGAAACAAGGAGACUGAAAAGACAUGGCAAGCACAAGCAGCUGAUGCAGCUUAUAAAAGAAAUGCAGCACUUUUAAAUGAUAUUGAAGCUGUAGAAAAGAAACUGCAAGCAAGAGCACAUCAGCUUCCACAUCCUGAUAUUGUUAAGUUAGAAACCGUCUAUUGGGCAUCAGUUGAAGAAGCUCUUCCCAAGUGGGAGCAGUUUCUGUUAGGAAGAGCACAAACUCCUGUUGGUUUUAAGAAAAUGAAUCCUACAAAACAGAACGAGUGGAACGAGCCGUGUUCAAUCCAAAGACUACGGGGUUUCAUGAGGGAAGCCAGCCUCGGAAAGUGUGAGGACUAGGUGGAACGCUCCAUGGCAAGAAGCGGCUCAUUGCUCUGGUUUGGAUGAUGCCCUGGGCUUCGCUGAUGCGUCACGCUCUAUCGGAGCAGGCUGCUGGAGUGCAAGGACCCGACAACUAUGCAAUCUGCUGGCAAAUCUUUCAGGUUUGGAGGGCAUCUUGUGCAGAUGAGACUGGAAGGAACUGCCAGCUGCUGCUGGAACCUCCUGUUACCUAAGGGCCACAACCUGGUUUGGGCCUGGAAGGUAUCCUCAUCAACACCUUCCCCACCUUGAUCUUUGCAAGUGAACCUUCAAACCAUCUUCUUAAUGAAUAAACUGUAAAAUUAAAAAAAAAAAAACACCCAAGUGAAAAGAAAAUGCCUUUAUUCUUGGAGGAGGCGGGAGGGCUCUUACAGCUCGGCCUGUCAUUGUUUUUCUAAGGCAGACAUACAUAAAAAGACUCCAUAGUUUAGUCUGAAGACAUCUGAAUAGUUAUUUAUUGAGAAGCCACAGUUCUCACACUCUUACAACUGUCGGCUUGUAUAAGGCAAAAGCAAGAUGGAUCCACUAUUUUACACAGAAAGUAAAAGCUUCUGGAGGGGGGAACUCGGGGACAUGCACGUACUGGUCAAAAAUGCAAAUGUACAUGACAUAUAAAACCAUUGUGAAACAAAGGAAUCAAAAUG